GCGCUACGGAGCUCCGCAGUAGAAUCGUUAGUGUGGCGCCAGUGGCCACCGUCAGGCAACAACAGCCAGCGCCAGUCGUAACAAAUAGUGGCGGACGGAAAGUGGUGGUGCUGCUGCUGGUGCAAGUGCUCUUCGACCAACUUGCACAACGCCAAACGGAUACAGCGGUUGGGACAGUUUUGUGUAUUGUGAAAGAUAUUGUUCACGUCUAGUGAAUUCCCAGUCCGGAUACGUUGAGUGCUAGUGUAUACCCUGAGGAAUACGUGCUGCUUGUGCUUUGUUACCCGAUUGGAUACUAAUAAUCAUAACAAGGGUGGCUUAAUCGCCCGGCCAGUGUUCUUGGAUGGCUACCACCUAGCAUUACGCUAGUGCAAAAAGCUUCACCUGGAUACUUCACCGGACCAUAGGCGGACUGGCGUUGGCAAGCCGGUAACUUCAAUGGAGUCUACAUAGGGAGCACAGCUUCACAGGGGUAGCAACCCUAAUCCCAAAAAGGAUCAAGAAAAACCGACACAGAACGCAAUGGCAGGCUCCUGCAACGGACGGCCAAAUCUGGCCUCAGUGAAUCCGAGCCUUACAUGUGCGCUCUGCAAAGGCUACCUUGUCAAUGCCAUGACGCUGAUCCGAUGCAUGCACUCAUUUUGCAAAAGCUGCAUCCACAGGCACCUGGAUACGAGUAGCGCGUGCCCAACCUGCCAGCAGCGUGUGUUUCGGAGCCGCAUGGAUCUACAUAUGGUGCCGGACACGACAAUUCAGUCGAUCGUGUAUAAGACAGUGCCAGGAUUAUACGCCAAUGAAAUGCGCCGCCGACGGGACUUCUAUGAGUCCCAAGAAGAGCCGACCGAAGCAUUUGCUGAAAAAUUGGCUUGUGGUGAAGACCGUGGAUUCCCUAGCCGUAACAUCUUCACCAAAGACGAUAGCAUAUCGCUCAUUCUUGAGCAUCGUCAAGACGAAGUCGGAUCCCAAAAACUGGAUGAUAGGCAUUUGAGCUGUCCGGCUGAAGUUCCUGUAUGGGUGGUUAUAAAGUUAAUUAAAAAUAAGUUUGCCCUACCAGCCCCAUUAGCAGUUCAUCUACAUCUAGAAAAGAAGGGCAUUAACAAAUCUGGGAAAAACAGUAAACGCGCAGCAAAGGAUCACGCAGAGCUGUUGGAGCAAGAUCGAUUACUUCUUGACCCAGAUCUUACACUUAUCGACGUAUGUUACAUUGCUGACUAUAAGUUUGAAGCGCCCCUUAGACUCAGUUUCAAGUUCGUCCGGUACGAUCCAAGUCUUAACGGUCGGACUCAAUGUGAAUCACCGGCAACACUUCUUCAACAGAAGAAACAAUUUAGCGUCCCAUGGAAUGGCGUUUCAACCACUAGUAAUGGUCACUCGUGCAUAAACGGAACCGUGGAUUACGCUAAGUACAAAGUGGACACAAAAAGCAUCGAUAUGGCGCGAGGCGCGCUGCUCAAGGGUAGAAUUAGCAACAACGGCGGUUCUACCAAUGGAACAAACAAGAAUAAAACGUACUCGAGGGCAGGUAGUACAGCUGCGACAGCUGCAACUGUUACGCAUAUGGGACAUCUAUCCCAACUCAAAUCUCUACCUCUUACCGCUGUUUUAAGCAGCUGCAACGGCGAGAAUACUGGCGACUCAACGGAAGAAGAGGAAGCUGAUAACGACUGGGACUCAAAUGUUUCAACCACCAUCGACCGGACAUUGACCACGCAACAACAACAACAUCAGCAACAACAACAACAGCAGCAGGCGGCAAAUAGCCACCUGAAUCACCUAAAUCAUUCUGCCUCAAGUCUUCAGCCGAUUAAUGGAAAUGUAAACAGUUGUGGUCAAGCGUAUUCCCUCAAUCGGUCUCAUCAAACAGCUUCUUCCAUGGCGUCUCCGGUCGCCGUGAGCUCCUCGAAACAUUCCAAGCUGCAGACUCUGCCAAUGUUCUUAGGCCAAUCUCAGAUGCUGAAUCCCGAAGACGACACUGGAGCACGCUAUCACGAAGAAAAGAAUUCGCCGAUAGUCACGCGGCCGCAAGGUCUCAAGGUCACCGACCAACUUGGCCAAGCACAACCUGUAAUGCAACAGAUAUUAGUGUCCUCGCUUGAUAACAAGAUGGCAAAGCCCGUCGAUAAUAGCAAAGCACCGUACCCUGCAGGUAACAAACAGUCAACUACAGUGCCAAUGGUGCAACACUCCUCCACUUCUGUAGCCCAUCAGAAGUAUAGCCAAGCUAAUGCAAAGGCCAGUCAUAAGCCGGUUAGCGCAGCAGCAAUACAAAACAAACAGAUAGGCCCAAGCCAUACCACUGCCAAAUCUUUAGCUAACCCCCUGGCGACGUCACCGACGAAUGCAUCCGCUUCGAUAGUAGAAGGCAAGUCGCCGACAGUACUAAAGAUUAAGCUAAACAUAAGGCCCAGCGCGGGUGAGACGCUUUCGGUGGCAUCGCCACCAUCCGUUCGGGACCAGCGCCAAUCAUCGGCGGAAAAAACAACUGCCGCCUCGAACAGCAACGGUGUUGCGGCAGCUGUUCCUACUGUGUCAUUCCCGACGACCAGCAAAGAAUACCGUUCGGUAACGUCAAUCAAGAUUAAACCUCUCGUCGCGCCCUCGGGACCCGUGACGCGUAAGACACCUUCGCCGCCAGUAGUGAAUGCGAGAGAUUCUCGUGCUGCCGCUUUGGACGCACGCAAGAAGCGAAAGCUCGAGGAGGAAGCUAGAAAACUUGAUGAACAAAAAGCAAAGAAAGGAAAGAAAAAAUCCUCCGCGCAGCCGGUCAUUAAUGGAACACCAUUCGUACCCGUUCAACAUAAGGACCUAUUAACCACUCAUAGCUUCGGUUGGGGUAGUGCAGCAAUCCUAUGGGAGUCCCAGCUUCGCAUUCCUUCUCCCUUGAUUGUUCCUUUUACGGUGUCCUUUGCCAGACACCAAAGGAAGUGUCUCAAGCAGACGGACAGAAAAGAGCGCUCCUUGAGCCUAUCUGCAAAGCGCUUUAAAUUUGCACAAGACGUCAAUAAGCAGGACGUGUUUCUAGAGAGAAACUUUGGUUUGCGCAGGCAGACGCGCGUGGUGAAAGAGCCCCAAAACCGCAUCUGGCGCCGACGCCGUCAUGUGUCACCCCCUCCAGUGCAAGUUAAGCUGGCACCGCCCGAUUUCGCAAUGUCGCCCGUCCUCGAGAGUGUUUUAAAAGCCAUUGCUUUAGAAGACGCAAGCGACAUCAACUCGGCUGAAUCUAGGACCACUCCCCCAGUGGCUUUGCGGUUCGACACUUCUGAAUCAGCUCUUCAGAAGUCGGAACUUUUUUUAGAGACAACUCGUUCGGAAAACGGUACGAACAGCGACGUCGGCGCUGGCGUAUUCCGGAUGGAAUUCCCCGGGGAUUUAGGCGCAAACGGCAAUACGAGCCGCGGAACACCGGUUGAAACAGCGAUAGUGGCCAGUCCUGCGCCUCUUGAGCGGCGUGUCUCAUCGUCAAGCAAUUCUGAAGUUAAAUUCAGUAUCAAUAGCAUUCUCUCGAGUGAUCUCGGUGUUGGUCAUAAAAAGGCCACAAUUGAAGCCAAACCCGAAACUGAACGCCAACCAAACAUACAUGGGAUGAUUGAAAGUUAUCUCGCUAACUUGAGCAAAUUCUUUUGCAUCCUUGAAUCAUGCAAACCAAACGUGCGGGCCAGUUUACAAGCUGCGUGUUCUGAGAAGAAAGUUGUUUUGAUAAAGAUACUCGCCAUUCUUCGCAACGUGAGCUUAGCUAUGGCUCCUACCCAAAGCGACAAAGUCCUCGAACUUGCGGUACUUAUUCAGAGGCACCUGCUAGCCAGUGAUCUUGUCCGAUCUGCAGGAGUGCAAAAAAUACAAUCGGACACGGCCUCCCAGAACGUAUCAGAGUGUAAUACGACGAAAAAGGCUUGCCGUAUCUACGAUGUAAAUAGAAAUCAACUGCCUUUAGACGGAGUGUCUUCCUGUGCAGAACAGAAGAUGACACCCCCUCGUCUAGUCAGUGAAUCACCGGGAACAUCAGUUUCGGCGGAGCCCACGGUUCAGACUUCCACCCAUCUGUGUUCGCCCACCAUCGUACGCCAGGUAUCUGGCCACGGGACACAGAGGAAACCAUUUCAAAUGCAAGAACUCCUCGUGAAGGAACUGGCGUCCGCGUUGAAGCGAUCUAUGCCCUCAAGCGAGCAGGAGCAGAAAUCAGCCUUUGAACUGAUCACUAUCAAGCGCUCAUCAUCAGUAAGUAGCCUCAAUACAUCGGACGGCUCGGAGAACUUUGGAGACGGCGAAGUGGAACCGAACCGAUGGGAAGACGUCGAAGUGAUUCCACCGCCCCGGCCAUGGCCCGGAUGCCCAUCUGAAGUGUAAACCAAACGAUCGAAUAACCUCAGUUACAAGUUUCUUUUAUCACUUAUUGGUGCCUGCGCGGUAUCGAUCGAGAUUCGCUCGACCACUAUCCAGAACUUCCAACGAUGUGCUAUUGUAUUCCGCUCAGAGAGGACUGAGAGGACUAUUCGAACCGAAUUGGGCAUAGUUGAACGUAGAGCAUGUGGUCUGCGGCGAAUCGAACGUGAUUGAUUGCAAAUUCCCAGGAUAGAAGUUAUGUGUUUAACAUGCGGAGUGAAGAAAACAAUAAGCUUGAUCUAAAGGGAGGCGCCUCACGGAGAGAAGAAGGUAAAGGCUGCUAAUGAUUUGUCGUUGGUCGACUGGACCCUUACAGGAGUAUAACAAUAGCGUAAUUAUUAUUUAUUUGAAUGUGCGAAUAUUAACUAAAAAAAGUACACACACGCACAAAAGGAAAGAAACAGAACACACGUAUGUAGUUGGAUGUUGCCGUAUGCUGCCGGCCUACUUUGCCUUUUUACUUUUAGCCGUUCCGCAAACAUGUACUCCCCAGCUCCGCAAAAAAAAGCGAUAACUAAUAAUAACGGGUCUACUAUCUGGAUAAUCGUCUCGCGUCAUUUGCUAACAAACACAUAAACAUCAUUUUGCCGCACUGUGUCUUCUAUUAUUUUAUAGAAUAUUUAUAAUCUACUAAUCGUUGGACAAUUAAGGUACGAAAAUACCGCAGCCAUCCAACAUCGUGUGAUAACUAACUCUAGAUGCCUGAAAUGCCCACCACCGGGUAGAUAUCACUCACGUGUAGGCAAAUAGAUUCCUACCAAACGCUAGUCAAAUUCAUAUAGGAGAUACCAAUCGUAGAGAAGAAAUGCACCUAUAUAUAUAUAUAUAUAUAUAUAUAUAUAUAUAUAUAUAUGUAUGUUUC